AUGAACAACGAUCACACUCAGACAUUUUCAGUAUUAUGUGGAGAACUUUGCAAUCUUCUUUACAUUAAAGAGUACGACAAAGAAAAAGUUAAUGGCCUUAUAGACGAGUUGAACGCAAAGCCAUACAAACUAGAAUUAUGUGUUCGGAAACAUGAUGCAACAACAUUGAUAACCGCUCUCUGUUUAAACGUAAAACCUGUGGAUGAAUUUUUGGCUGCUAAAACUUCUCAUUUAAUAAAUAGUAUUGUAACAAAACAGAAUGUCCAAUUUGGUCCAGAUUAUCUUUGGAAAGUGAUGUCUUGGCAUGUUGAAUGUCUUAAGAAGUGUUCUGAGAUUGUUUUGCCAGACAUUUUACAUAGUACUCAAUGUAUAUUACAGUUUAAUGUUGCAGCAGGUUCAAAGUUUAUUGAAGACUUAAUUGGCAGUCGAGGAAUACUCUUCAAGCUCCUUGACGAGAACAAGAGUGUGUUGACUACACAAAACUCUUUUCAAAUACAUUUGUUAGCAUUGAAAUGCAUAAUUUACCUCAUAACUUCAACCGAAGACAGUAAAAGUGAAUCCAAUAUCACAGCAGAUAUGAAAAUACAGAUCUCUGAAAUAAUUAUUAAGUUUUUGAUGAAAGGUUACUCAAAAUCCCAGGAUGAAUUUUUGUAUUGUAAAGUUGUAAUAUCGGCACUUAGAGUUUUAUCACAACUAUAUUUCAAUGAUCCUAAUAUCAGCAUACCUUUGCCAGAAAUAAUGGGCAUAUCUCGGUAUUUUAUUCUCUAUGGUCUAGUAGUGCAAGGAAGUAGACCAGACAAGAUCAUGCCUGCACAACAAACCAUAGCAAUGCCUUCAGUUGUAAAUAAUGCCAAUGCGAAAGGAGGAAAGAAACAAAAACUAAGGAAACAAAGGAACAAUGCUAUUGAAAGCUUAAAAAAAGAGAUACCAGUGUCGGACCGUAGUUUGAUGAAAGAUGUUGAUAACUUUGAAAAUAACUCGGCAUACAAACCGGCCAGUAGAAACUAUCUAGAAGCACAGAAAGCAAAAAACGAGUGGGCUUUGACGAGCGAUUCUGAUAUGUCAGAUGUGGAAAACAGUAGAGAAGUGAAACUUAUUGCGUUAAAGUCCAGAGUGCGACAGAGUGCUUCGAAUUUGCUAUUGGUCUUAGUCAAGGUAAAGGAGAAAAGAGAAAUAUUUGGUUACUGGUGGGCACUAUUGCCGGAUUGCCCCGACGCCAGUAACUGGUCUGUCGGAGAGUCAGCUAAAAAGACCUUGGCAUACUGCGCAGCCACUGAUCCUAUGGCGAGCAGCCGCGCCAGUGUGCUUAGCGUUAUAUUAGCAUUACUGUCUGGCUCCAAAAUGUACCUAUCUCAGGCAGAGACCAGUAAAAAAGAAAGCACAUCAUUCAUCCCUUUCUCAGAAUCCCUUGGUUAUAUGAUUAUAUGCAUGCACAAGGUACUGCACAGUAUACUGGAAAGCGAGCGAAGUCACGCGGUCAUAAUAGUCGCAUUGAAAUGUUGUGCUGCGCUUGUUCAAGCUACGCCUUACCACAAAAUGAAGGAAGGGCUUAUUACUGAGCUUGUUAUGGCCACGAGAAAAUUCUUGGUACAUCGAGAUGUAACACUGCAAGUAGGAGCACUUAUAACAAUGGGGUGCGUCCUCUCUGUUGAUCCUAAAGUGGACGAAGUUAUUAAAGCAAUUGAAAAAGAUUCGGUGCCUUCUAAAAUAUCAACUAGUAUGAGUUCAUCUAAAGUAGCUUUCAGUAAUGAUACCCUCAAGUUUGACGUCGAAGAAUGUGAUGAUUUUGAAGAAGGAUACUCAGAUGAUGAGAUGUUUACCGCCGUAGACAAUAAGACUGAAAAUAGCAAAGAGGCUGACACUAUAGAAAGUCUUUGUUUUAGAAGCUGGAUUUUAGACAUAUGUUUUAAGAAUUUAGGAUGGAUUUUUAAAGGAAAUGAAAUUGUGCGCUGCAAACCCUCAGCCAUACCAAUAGUACUAGAGUCUCUUCAAGUUCUGUCUGCAGUGUCGUUUCACCACCUUCAAGAUCUCUUACAACCUAACAUUUUGCUACUGAGCGACAUUCUCAGUGAGAUGCUGCAGCAUGAGCACCAAGAUGUCGUGUUACAGUCUGCCAAAGUUAUCAGUAUAAUUGGAGAUGGAAUACAAAAGCUGGACCAAGUUGAUCAAUCUCCACCGUUAUCCCAGUGUGUUAAAAUGUGGUCAAAUCUUAUAAUUCCAUUAUCCAACGUACUGCAAUGCCACGAAAAUACACCAGUUAAAGCCAUGGUGUGCGAUUGUAUCGCAAACAUUGGAGAGAGAAGCUUUAAGGAAUUGCCUAGACACCUACAGUUGCUGUGUUGCACGUUGCUGAUAGGCUCGUGUAGCGAUGUAGAGGCCAUGGUACGUGCGGCCGCAGUCCGUGGACUCGCUAUGCUAGUCAUGUACCGAACCCUCAGAGAAGACAUCGGUUUCGUGAGUGAUUGUGGUGAAAACAUUCUCAGAGCGUUAGCUGAGCCGACUCUUGUGGUUCGAAUAAAAGGUGCCUGGGCACUCGGAAAUCUAAGCGACGCUCUUGUUUUAAACAUGGAGGAGCCUGAUUCAGAGGAAAUUGACGAUGACCUCUUGGUACGCCUACUUGAGGUCAGCGUGCAGUGCGCACUGGAUAACGAUAAGGUGAAAAUGAGCGCGACACGCGGCCUCGGCAACCUACUACGACUGAUAAAGAAUGAGAAAUUACUGAGAAACACUGAAAUAAAAACCUUAUGUGAAUCCGCAAUAAUGAAGCUUUUGGAUUGCGCUUGUAAGGUGAAUAACAUGAAGGUUCGGUGGAACGCUUGCUAUGCUAUGGGGAACGUUAUGAAGAAUGAGCAAUUAUUCACUUGCUUUAGUGGUUGGCAGGACAAAGUAUUCCCCAGUUUCUGCACACUGAGUCAAGAUUGCAAAAACCUGAAGGUACGCAUUACGGCCGCCACGGCGUUGCGUGCGCCGACUGCGCGGGCGCACUACGGCACUCACUAUGUACCUGUCUGGAGAGCGAUGCUCACUGCCAUGGAAAAUGCCGCACAUGUUGAUGAUUACAAUGAAUAUAAACAUAAGGAUAACCUCAUUGAACAAUUAUGCGUCACCCUUGCCCAUUUAUGCUGCUUGCUGACACAAGCGGACUUAUCAGAAAUUCUCGACCCGCUAGUGUUUCACUACGAGAGCGCUAAAUCUCUUUUCACUCAAGUAUGUCACAAACUGCCGCCUGAAAACGCGUCCUGCCUCAAGAUAUUACAAGCCGCUAAAUACGUCACUGUAGACUUAACAGCGGCUAAUGAUACGCAGAUGCAGACAUUGAGCAUGCUGCAAGAUAUAUUUAUAUGGGACAUGUAA